AUGUUUCCAAAUUUGUGGUACAGUACCUGUAAUAUACAAUAUAAUAUACGGUCCAAAUUCGGAUCAUUACGAGAAUUUCUUAAUGAUUACGAAAAUAUCAUAAGCAGUACAAAUCAAGUGGCGCAAACAACUGAACGUACUGGUGAAUCAGGUUAUCGAAGCGAAUCAACAACAUACGAGGAAACCGUAUCUACAACUCGUUAUUCCGAUUCCGGCACACCUGAAUAUAGCUUACCAGUGAGAGAUACGUUAUACAAUAGUAAUCCACCGUCAACAAUUCAUUUAUCCGGUGAUCCAACAAUUACCACCCAAACAAAUAUUACCACGACUACCGCGAUUAAUAAACUUGCAAGUGGUUCAAAAAUUUCUGAUAGCGCUACCGUGGUAAGUUAA